CAAAAAUAGAUCGCGCUUAGAGCCUUGGUUAACCUAUAUAUCCCUAUCAGAAUGAUCAAAAUUAACUCCUGUAUGUGUCGAUUUGUAAGAUUGGUUUUGCCUGACUGCCCAGUGUUUCUGAUUAGUUGGUUCUCUGCUUGAUAAGCUGCUAACAAAUGCUUCCAGAUUUAUGCUUUCCAUAUCCAUAAUGCGAUGGCAGUGAGAUGAGGCGUAACCAUUUGGUGGUCAUUUUGCUGCUUUCUCUAUUGACUUGGGUUUUCAUAAUAUAUGUGCUUUUAAGAAAUCGACCCACAAGUGGUUUUGUUGUAUCCCCUGAUGAUGGAUUUAGUCUGAUUCAGCUUGAGACAAAUAUCAAAGAAGAAAUAAAAGCCAAUGCAUUGCUUAUGCGAAAUGUGAAAAAUGCUGUUCAUGAACAAAUUGAAGCCAGAAAAAUAGAAGAAGAAGAAAAGGCAGCAGCUAUUGAAGAAACGAGAAAAGAAGAUGAGAGAAGACUACAGGGAACUGCAGGUGAUGGUGUUGUAGCAGUUCUUGUGUUCGCCUGCAACAGACCGACUGUCACCAGGUGUUUGGAACAAUUAAUUAGAUACCGUCCGUCACCCAGUCAGUUCCCAAUUAUAGUGAGUCAAGAUUGUGAGCAUGAAGCAACAUCUCAGGCAAUUUCUGCUUUUUCUAGUCAAGUUUUUCACAUAAAACAACCUGAUCAAAGAGAAAUUUUUGUACCACCUAAAGAGAAAAAAUUCAAAGGUUACUUCAAGAUUGCAAGGCAUUAUGGCUGGGCUCUUAAUCAGACAUUUCAUGUUUACAACUUCACUACUGCUAUUAUAAUUGAAGAUGACUUGGAUGUAUCUCCUGAUCUAUUUUCAUACUUCCUUGCUACACUACCUCUUCUGAAACAAGAUCCAUCUCUUUGGUGUGUGUCAGCCUGGAAUGAUAAUGGGAAACUUGAGCUUAUUGACACAUCUUCGCCAGAGUUACUCCAUAGGACAGACUUCUUUCCAGGUCUUGGCUGGAUGAUAACAAAAUCCUUGUGGUCAGAACUAUCUCCUAAAUGGCCCCUCAGUUAUUGGGAUGAUUGGAUAAGACAACCCGAACAAAGAAAAGGCCGUGCUUGUAUACGUCCAGAGGUUUCAAGGACUAGAACUUUUGGAAAAAUUGGAGUCAGCAAUGGUCUUUUUUAUGAAAAACACUUGAAAUACAUCCAUCUCAAUGACAAAUAUGUGCCGUUCACCAAAUUAAAUUUGACUUAUUUACUGAAGGAUAAUUAUGAUUCAAGUUUUGUCAAGGCUGUUUAUGAAAGUCCAAUCGUAUCCCAUCAGGAACUUCGAUCUGGGAACAUUGUUCAAAGUGGUGCUAUAAGAAUUCCAUAUAAUACAAAAAUAGCUUAUAGAUCUGCAGCCAAAACACUUGGCCUCAUGGAUGAUUUUAGGUCUGGAGUUCCUAGAACUGGAUACCGUGGUGUGGUUAGUUUCUUCUAUAAAGGAAGACGUGUAUAUCUCGCUCCCCCUGCACGCUGGAAAGGAUAUGAUCCAUCUUGGAGCUAACACCAGUAAGGAUUGGAUUUCUUUAAUUUACUAAGGAUCAUAUGUGUGCUUGUGAAAGUUUAACUGCAUUAAUAGUCAUUAAGCAUUUUAUUUUAACUUUGAUUUUAUUAAAAGUUCAUUAUUACUAAAAAUAUUACAAUUAUCUGUAUAUAUUCGUAGCACAGUAUGAUCUUCAAUAUUUCAUGUAAUGUUUACUUUGAGAAUUUUAAGAUUCAUUAUUUAAACAUCUUAUACUAUUUUAUAGAAGGCAGAUCCCUUAUUUUUCUAUUCAUUUUGCUAUACCUUUUUUGUAUGUUUUGAUGUGCAAAGGGUAAGUAAUGUUUUUAUUAGGAUCGAUAUUUUUGUUCAGUUGGUAUAAUGUUUAUUAUACAAAAACAGCUUCUAAUCACUACAACCUGAACUAAUAUUUCUCGUGAUACAAUUUGUUGAAUUAAUUGUUAAUUAUUUAUUGUUAUGUAUUUAGAACUGAAUUUAAUUAAAAUUUGAACAGAUUUAUUAAAUUUUUUGUAUUAACACCUUGGUUAUGAUAGCUGUAAUCUAUUAUUGCUCUCUGGCCUUGAAGAUCGUUAUUGUUGCGUUUCUCUUUUCUAUAUUUUUCCCUUUUAUGCCUAAGUGACUUUGCUCAUAUGGCACCUUCGUAUUAGAUAUCUACUUUAAUAUUUGUAAUUAUACAAUAAAUUCAAGGCCUAAAGAAUAUAAUAUUUUUGAGCCUACAGUGGUCUAGUUAUCAUAAGUAGAUCCAUUAAGUCCUGAAAUUAUUAUUAUUUUUUUUAAUCAUAUAAUGAUUUCUCAUAUGAAGGGGUCAUGUGUACCCAUACCAUAUCUUUAUUUU